UAGUGUGCUGUGUGCUAAAGCGAGUUCACUCAGUUGUAAUCCGUCCGCCAACACGCAAGAACGCUGUGCGUGUUUUGAGAAUCUAUCACAACAUUUAUUACGUUCUUGACGUGCCCAAUAUACGGUUGUGUUGCAUUGCAGUAAUAUUAUGAUUCAAUAAAAAUGGGAACAAAAACAUAUUUUUUAAACUUUUUUAUAGUUUGUAUUUUAGUACAGUGCGUUUUAACGGAUGCAAACGAUGACAAUCCAGCCUGGAGGUGGUCCUGCAUAAACGGAAGAUGCAUAAAAAAGGAGUUUGACCCUACUUCCAAAGAACCUUAUCUAAAUGCCGAGUCAUGCAAGAUGUUCUGCGGAACAUUUGGGCUGCUCUGGCCUCAGCCGACUGCCGGGGUAGACCUCGGCAGUCACCUGUCGAAGAUAAACUUGGAGAAAAUUAACAUUAUCAAUGAGGAGAGCGGAAAAUCUGAUGAGCUGAUUACGGCUGCUGGGGAGAGAUUUAAAAAGUUACUGCUGAAGAUAAUACCCGAGGGCGUCACUCCGAAAAUGAGAGGAAAAUCUCUAAUGGUCUACCUCGUUAACAAAAACCCGGAUGUUAAAGAAAUGUCAUUGGACGUGGACGAGACUUACCAACUGAGGAUCGGGGCGACCAGCGACGAUCAGGUCAAUGCCACCAUUAUCGGCCGGACGUUCUUCGGCAUACGGCACGGGCUCGAGACGCUCAGCCAACUCGUCAUAUACGACGACAUCAGGGAUCUUGUACUGAUCACCAGGGACGUUUCUGUCGAUGAUGGACCGGUUUACCCGUACCGCGGGAUCCUAUUGGACACGGCUAGGAACUACUUCACCGUCGAAUCCAUUAAGAGGACUAUAGAGGCAAUGGCGGCAGUGAAGCUAAACACGUUCCACUGGCACAUCACAGACUCGCAGAGUUUCCCGUUCGUGUCUCAAAGGAGGCCGAGCCUGACGAAGUACGGAGCAUACAGCCCCAGUAAGGUGUACACACGGGAGGCCAUAGCGGACAUAGUCCAGUUCGCUCUAGUCCGCGGCGUGCGGGUGCUGCCGGAGUUCGACGCGCCGGCGCAUGUGGGCGAGGGCUGGCAGAACACCGACCUCACUGUCUGCUUCAAGGCCGAGCCGUGGUCGAGUUACUGCGUGGAGCCCCCCUGCGGUCAGCUGAACCCCACUAAAGAUGAACUUUACGACGUAUUGGAAGACAUCUACCGCGAUAUGGCAGACGUAUUCCCCACGGACAUGUUCCAUAUGGGGGGGGACGAGGUGAGCGAGGCGUGCUGGAACAGCUCAGCUGAAGUGCGUCAGUUCAUGACGGGCCGCGGCUGGGGGCUCGACAAGACCAGCUACCUGAAGCUGUGGGACUACUUCCAGGAGCGCGCCCAGGCUAGGGCUUACAAGGCCUUUGGAAAGAAACUACCAUUGAUACUUUGGACUAGCUCGCUGACUGAAUUUGACCACAUCGACAAAUAUUUGAACAAAGAUGAUUACAUUAUUCAGGUCUGGACCACGGGAAGCAGUCCUGAAAUCAAGGGAAUGCUGAACAAAGGGUACAAACUGAUCAUUUCCAACUACGACGCUCUUUACCUGGACUGCGGAUUCAGUUCUUGGGUUGGACUGGGCAACAACUGGUGCUCUCCCUACAUCGGCUGGCAGAAGAUCUACCUCAACAGCCCCGCCUCCAUGGCUAUCGGACACGAGAAACAAAUCCUAGGUGCGGAGGCAGCCCUGUGGUCUGAGCAAGCGGACACGAGCGUGCUGGACGGGCGCCUGUGGCCGCGCGCCGCCGCCAUGGCCGAGCGCCUGUGGGCCGAGCCCGGAGACGGCUUCGAGCAGGUCGAGCAGAGGAUGCUGCACAUACGGGAUCGCCUGGUUUCCCUUGGCGUGCAAGCCGAUUCCAUCGAACCAGAAUGGUGCUACCAGAACGAAGGCUACUGCCAUAGAAAUAAUGCAGUUACUCCAAUGAACCAGUUGUUAUGCACACUCCGAUAUUAUGCAACUGGCAGUCAGUUAAUUACUUGUGGAGAUGUGAUAGGUGUGGAAGAACCAACAGCAGCUUGCAGAAUCAUUCAUAGAGUUACUCAUGCAAUAGCAUUAUUGUAUAAAAAUACAUUAAAUCUCCUGAUACCAUUCAGGAACAACGUUUUUUUGCUCUCUACUCGUAUAAUGUGCAAGUAUGGUUCCAAUACAUUGCACAAUAAAUCUUGUUCUUCCCUUGUAAAAUUAGGGGCACGAACACGAGAAGAAGUUGCUUGACUAUUCAUUU